GUAGGAAAUAGGAAUAUUAUGUAAAAUAUAUUAUCACAAAUUGUAUGGAAAUAAUAUAAUGUAAAAAUGCUACUAUGAUGGAAAUAUCAAAUUUUAGAAAAAUAAAUAAAGAUCGUUUAGCUACGUUUUUGGAACAUUUGGAAAAUAAAAACUUAGAUAAAGACGAGAUAUUUGGAAAAUGUUUAAUGAUUUUGAAAACAUUAUUGUACACUUCAUCAAACUUUAUCCCCAACAGUACCCUCAGCACACAGUCCAACAUUCAAGAACUUUUGUAUUCCAUUAAUUUCGAUGCAAUAGAUGAUGACCACAUGAUCAAAUUGAAAUCAGUACUCGAUCAAGGAGCGGACUUAGAUAUAUAUGCUAGAUACAUAGAAUCCAUCUUAAAUAAAAACAACAAGUCAUUGAAUUCAAUUUUAAUGACUGUUUGGACUCAAUUAGGAUCAAAUGUAUUGCAAUUGCCAAUAAUUAUUCACGAAAAAGCCAUUGAAGUGAAUCCUUUAAUUUUUGAAAAAACUAUUCUGUCUGCAAUAUCAAUGUGGGAAAUAAAUAACUUGAUCGAUGUAUGCUCUAAAUCACCAUUGGUGUUCCAAACAUGCUCAAGUAUAUUCAACGAAUUGCUUAUUAAGUUAAACUUUACCAAUAAAUUUAUGGAGUUCUUGAACUAUUUUGUAAAUACUGUCAGCGCACGUUGCAAAAACAAUGAUAUCGAUAUUGUCAACAUCUAUCCUAACAAAUGUAGAAGUAUAUUAACCUUGAGGGACAUUAAGAACAAAAAUUCAACUUUGGUUACCGAACAUUAUCUAAAUGUUGAAGUAAAAAAAUUAGCUUUAGCUUACCCCAAAGAAUCUAUUUGUCUUUUAAGUCAUUUUCCAGAUUUAUUCAUACCAUACUGAAGAAUCUUGCACCAUUAGUAAAUACGCUAUAGAUGUUUUUUUUAUUCAUCUCAAUUCAAUUGACUGUUAAAAACAGCUCAACAAAACGACAAUAAUAAUUGGUAAUUUAUAAUAUCUACCUACCUACAUUUACCAAAUACCAAUGCAGAAAUGCAUAGGUACUAUUGUAUCUAUACAAAAUACAAUAUAAUUACCUCCAUGGCUAUAUAGUAUACUUAUAUGAUAUUAUAUAGAUAAAUAUAUUAUAAUACCAAUAUGUAAUAUAAAAAUAUAUAUUUUUUAUAUUAUAUACCUACGAAAAUAGUUAUUAUAAUUGAGUUUGUUUUGAUAAUGUAUUUACACUAUAAACUAAUGUUAUUAAUUUAUUAUAUUUUGUAUUAAUAUUUGAAAAAAAUCAAAUUCUAGUUAAAAUGUAAAUUUAUUUUCACUUUUUAAGUUACUAACUAUUUGAUUUUCUAACGAACAUAAUAUUAUACAAAAACCAACUAAUUUGAUUUAUCACUGUAAUUACUUAUAUUUUUUUUUAGUGAUAAUGAAGUAUCAUUUGUUUGAUUUAUUUAUUAAUUUAUAUUUUUUUUGAAUAAUCUAAAUUUAAAUUUAUUAGCAGAAAAUAAAUGGACAUUUUUUCAACUAUUUUGUCUGCCGUGUAAUUUUUGUUUAUACUCUGAGAUAUCUCGGCUGGUGUUUAUACUGUUUAGUACUUAUAAAUUAUAUAUUAUUAAUAAUAAUUAAGCUUUUAACUAUAUUUGUUUUGCAAAAUGUACUGAUUUUUAAACAACUAGUAUAUUAUUUUAUGUUCAACAUCAAUAACCCCACAUAAUAUAAACUAAAUAAUAAUAUUAUGUUAGGUAAUUUAAAAUAAUGAUUCGGCUUAGUUUGAAUUGUGUCAAUUUGACACUGAACUUUUUUUUUUUUUUUAUUGGUUGUUCAUAGAUUAGGUAUAUUAAUAUCUCUGACAGCAUUUGAUAAGUGUUCAAGUUUCUUAUUUGUUCAUUCAUAGUUUGUGUUCGGGCUCAAAUGUAAACCCACCUUAAGAUUCCAAAGAUCGGUAGUAUUUAAAAUAAAAAUUGACUAAUUAUUUUAUUGUUCAAUUUUAUUGUUGCUUUAAAGUAACUAUUGUUAUUGUAUUAGGUAUUAAGAAGGCACUACACCCACAUGCCUUCUCCGUCUUACAAAUGCCAGAAUAUAGAAAAUUGUACGCUCAGCAGAUCACGCUUGGCUCUGUUAGUUAAAAAACUAGAGUGAAUUGACGUCAUAUAAAUUUUAGAAGUAAGAAUAUUAUCUAGUGAACCUUAGGUUUUUUUUUAUAUUUAAAUUUUAAAGCAAGUUAUGAUUAUUUUAAAAUUAUAAAUUGUUUCUGAAUUUUAAAAUAUU